AUGAAACUUGCAGUUGCUGUAUUGUCAUCGAUCCUGCUUGCAUGCUCGGUUACUAUUGCCAAUCCAAUUAAACCCAGUGAAAGUACAGAUGUUGAAACUAGCACUUCAACCGUCAUUCCCAGUGAAACUACAAGUACUGAAGCUAGCACCUCGUCAACUCCUAAUCCAAACGGUAUAGGCUUAGGUGCUCUUGAUGCACUUCCAGAUAGCAUCAAGGAAUUGCUCGAAAAAUACAAGAAGGAAAAGCAUGAUCUUAAUCAGCAAGAAAAAAUAUAUUGGCCGUUAAAAUCUGAAUAUGAUGGCCAGCUUAUGCUGGUAACGGACUUGGAAGCAAAGCUUUAUUUUUUGAAACGUAAAUCUCAAAAAAACGGCGGCAGUCCAGAAUAUGAUGGUGAAAUUCAGGAGACUAAGAUUGAUCUUGAAAUCCAAGAAUCCAAACUUGAGGAUAUUGGAAAAAGCUACCGCGAGUGUCGGCUCAGGUAUGAUGAUCUUAAAGCUGCAAUAGCUUUCACCGAAAUAAAGCUCGUGGAUCUCAUUUUCGGAGAAUCUUCGAAUUAUGAAUUAUUUGAACAGCAAAUUGAUCUUAUCAACAAGCACCCUUCCGUUGUAGAGUACCUUGGCGAAUUAUCAUUAGAAUACAGUAAGAUUCCUGGUGGAAGCUCUAGUGGUCAACAACAUCAAGAGUCGCAACCAUCAUCAAGUAGACCAUCUGGAUCUGGAUCCUCUAGACAGAAAGCUCCCUCCAAUAAACGGAAAAGGGUUUCCAAGCUUAUGAGUGGAUUAAAAUCACACUUUAAACGACCCGAAAGUGAAGAUCGCGAACCAUUGAUUUGA